AUGCUGCGCUCGUGCUACAGGCCGCUCGAGCGCUGUCUGGGGUUGCGAUUUGGUGCUGGAGGCGGCGGAGAUGGGCUUUGGGACAUGGACUUGAAGCCGCACGCCUCCGGUGACUACUCAAUUGCUGUGGUUCAGGCCAAUUCGAAUUUGGAGGAUCAAGGUCAGGUCUUCACCUCGCCCUCUGCGACGUAUGUUGGUGUAUAUGACGGCCAUGGUGGUCCCGAAGCUUCUAGAUUCGUCAACAGCCAUCUCUUCCCUAAUCUACACAAAUUUGCGACGGAGCAAGGUGGGUUGUCACCAGAUGUGAUAAAAAAGGCAUUCAGCGCCACCGAGGAGGAUUUUUUGCGUUUGGUGAAGCGAUCUUUGCCGAUGAUGCCCCAAAUCGCUUCCGUUGGGUCAUGCUGCCUUUUGGGAGCAAUAUCAAAUGAUAUUCUGUAUGUAGCCAAUCUGGGGGACUCGAGAGCAGUCCUUGGCCGGAGAGUUUCAGAUGGUAAGAGGAGUCCAGUGGUGGCAGAACGCAUGUCCACUGAUCACAAUGUGGGAGUUGAGGAGGUAAGGAAGGAGGUUGAAGCACUACAUCCCGAUGAUUCUCAUGUUGUGGUGUAUACUCGUGGAGUUUGGAGGAUAAAAGGCAUAAUUCAGGUGUCAAGAUCUAUUGGUGAUGUUUAUUUAAAGAAGCCUGAGUUUAACAGAGACCCCAUAUACCAGCAAUUUGCGAACCCCAUUCCUAUGAAACGGCCAGUGAUGACAGCAGAGCCCUCAAUCAUUACAAGGAAACUGAAGCCACAGGAUAUGUUUUUGAUAUUUGCCUCAGAUGGCCUCUGGGAACAGCUGACCGAUGACGCAGCGGUAGAAAUUGUUUUCAAAAACCCUAGAGCUGGUAUUGCAAAGAGAUUAGUAAGAGCCGCUCUUCAAGAAGCUGCAAAAAAGAGGGAGAUGAGAUACAAUGACUUAAAGAAAAUCGAAAAGGGGAUAAGGCGACACUUCCACGAUGACAUCACUGUUAUAGUAGUCUAUCUUGAUGACCACAAAAGCUCCUCAAAACGUAAAUCUAAGAACAUCAUUCUUGGCUCUACCAGUGCGCCUGUUGAUAUUUUCUCGGUCAGUGAAGAUAAUCCGUAUAAGCAGGAUCUGCACAACAUGAUCUCGUGAAGCAAAGAAAACCUUUAAAUGGUUGAUACAGUUUGCAUAGUUUAGUUCAGUAGCUGCGAUUAUUGAAACCAUGUGAAUAAGGUUAGGUAUUUUUCGUUUCUGAAUUGGUUGCGGUAUUUUUCGUUUCUGAAUAGGUAUACAAGCAUUUCUGAAUGCAUACUGACAGCAAACUCCAGAAGUUUUUACCAAUUUUGUGACCUUUUUUCUCCUCAAAUAUUCUAAUGACAAGUUUUGCUCUAUUGCGUUUCUCA